AAGGGAAAUUGGACCAUACACAAAGACGUUGCUUGGGUAUACAAAGAUAAUAGUGUUUAAAUUCCCUCAUGUCUCAUGUUUCUUUUCCUUUUCCACGCAGAAGUAGAUAGAUAAAUGGCAAGCAAAAAGCGUGAAAUCCAGCUACAGUCAGUCAUCAAUAGUCAGAACCUGUGGGAUGAGAUGUUGCUGAACAAAGGCCUAACAGUGAUUGAUGUUUACCAAGCCUGGUGUGGACCUUGCAAAGCCGUGCAAGCUUUAUUCAGAAAACUGAAAAAUGAACUGAAUGAAGAUGAGAUUCUUCACUUCGCGGUUGCUGAAGCUGACAGCAUUGUGACUCUGCAACCAUUUAGAGAUAAAUGUGAGCCUAUGUUUCUCUUUAGUCUUAAUGGUAAAAUUAUUGCAAAGAUUCGGGGUGCAAAUGCACCACUUAUCAAUAGAAAGGUCAUUGGCUUGAUAGAAGAAGAGAGGAAAGUUGUAGCAGGUGAAAUGGCUCGUCCUCAGUAUGUGGAAAUUCCACUAGUUGAUGAAUCUGAAGAAGAGCUGGGGGAAGGACAGUAUGAAAGUGUUGGGGAAUCUUACAAUAUGGCUAUUAUCAAACCUGAUGCUGUACUCAGGAGAAAACAUAUAGAAAUUAAGGAAAAAAUUGUCAAAGAAGGAUUUAUCAUAGAAGCAAAGGACAACAUGCUUCUCCCUGAACUGCUAGUGAGGGAGUUCUAUAGUCGGAAUGCAGACCAGCCCGACUUUGAAGACUUCGUAUCUUUUGUGACAAGCGGCCUAAGCUGUGUGCUCAUUACAUCUCAAGGAGAAGAAGAAGAGGUUAUCCAGGAAGAAACUCUACCUCAGUCUGAUGCAGAAGAUGAAGAAUCACUUGAGUAUCCGGAAGAGACUCAUGUUAAGUUUGCACCUAUGGUGUCAAAGAAGAAACGGGACAGUUUGCAAGGCUACUUGGAAAGACAACACAUAUCUGAGUUUUGCGAUGUUGAGGAUGAUGCGUCUAAGGUUUCUCAGAUGAUUGACAUCUUAUUCCCUGAUUUCAAAACCAUGAAAAGCAAGAAUAUACAAAGGACCCUGGCAUUACUGCGGCCAGACGUCUAUGAGGAAAAUAAAGGUUAUCUGAAGCAAUAUGACAGCUGGGAUAAUGUUGCCAACAGCAACAGCAGACACAGGCUCUUUUUAUCUCCACUGAAUCCUAAGAUUGGUGGAAGGCCCAUUGCCAAGAAGAAUGCUCUUUGUGAUUUUGGGAAAGAGAUGGACGUGUCAGAGGAUAUGGUAGACAAUCAGAUUGUCAUGAAACAUGUGUUUUAUGUACAGAACUGGACAUCAUUCAAGGAUUUCUGGACUUUCCUGAACUUGAGACCCUGUAGGCCUGCAAAAGAUGGCGCUUCUAGGAGGCAGGUGUAG